UCUUAACCCUACACUCGACUCUCUUUUAAUAUACACUCCACCUUACAUUUAUAUCUAUAUCUACAUCCUUCUUGUUCAUCCUUUCUCUCCUAUCCAAAGCAGCUCGUCACCUCUCACUUGCACACGCAAACCACUCGAAUCACUGAUGGUGAUGGUGAUGCUGUGCAGUUCAACUGGCAUGUUCGUACCGUGUGGACGUGCCACUACGUGGAUUGAGAAUUUUCAAAAAAAGGAAAAAAAUCGAAUUCCAACACCCGUUCCUUGUCGCUUCCUAGUCAACCAGUGAUACCAUUAUAACUAGAUAGGAUACAAACAACCGGAAACUACAAAUUCCCCCCGUUUCCAUUUUGUGAUACGUGGCUUUUCCUUAUCACGUGCAGCAACAUCAGUGCUACUCUCUUCAAAAAGUGUUUAAUCGUAUCAAAAAUUCGCGGAAUAAUUAUUAUUUUUGCAAAUUUUGGAUCGUUUAGAGUGAAAAAAAUGUUCUCGCUUCCAUCGAUGGAAGAUCUUGAAGACCUCAAUUCUCAGUGUUCUUUAGUGUUCAAGUUCUUAUUUUGGUACAGCAGAUGAUAUUUGAUGCACCUGCUCGCAAAUUGAAGCAACUAAUUUUUUGCUAGCCAAUUUUAUUAUUUGCAAAAGAAAACUUUUCGCUUAUGGAAAAUAUCUAGAACCGGUUUUUAUUUUUUUUCCUGUUUUUUUUUUUGCCUUGCUCAAGAACCCUUUUAUAGAAAUUUCUUGAAGAAAUCAAGUGUUGGGCGCCAAUGAGCACCACAAGCAAGAGAGCAGUGUUAAUAGCGAGAGACGAGACGAGGUACCGUAAGCAGCCUUCCUCCACGGGAAUAAAGGAUAUAUAAUGUGUCGCGUCGAUGCAAGCAGUCUUGAGAGUCAGCCUCUGGAAUUCGAUGGAACGAGACCAUUGCAAGAAUGAUGAGUAAGCGAAAGGAAUUUUUGUGAGAAAAAAAAAUUACGAAAAAAAAGUAAAGUAAAGUAAAGUAAAGUGAGAAAGUGUAACGAUGACGACGACCAUGAUGAUAAUGAUGAUGAUACUAAGCUGCAGAAAGGGUUUUCGAAGAAACCUUGGGGAAAAGAAGUGAAAAGUGAAAUGUCCAUGUGACUCGUGACAGUGUGUGCUGUGUGUGCCCUCUUGUGAGGAAUUUCUUCCCUCAUUGGGGAAGAGGCAUUUCUUAAAGAGGGACUUCACCAAGGUGUAUAUAUACCUUUUGCCAAAGGUACCCAACAUCCUUCAAGGAACCGCUUUAAAAGUGUUAAAGAAAAGGAAUAAAAUAGGAUAUCUGAUCCUGAAAAUUUUUUUGAACUUGGGUAUGAGGAGAUUCACAUGCAGGCGAAAGACCCUGGCAGCAAUUUCGGCGAUUAUGGGACGCCUCGGAAAGAGUCUACAGAAUACAACUCGACCCAUUUUCAAUGUACAUUAUCGUAAACUCGACGACGAAUAUAAUCAAAAUCAUCAUCAGCAAUAUCAAGAACAAGUGAGGUGCAUGUCAUCAUUACCAGAGUACAUGUCAUACUGUUGCUGUCAGUGUGGACACACGCAAAAAUUGAAACCAGAGGAGCUAAACGCCAUUGUGGGUAAUGCAUUUCGUAUGGCGUACGUGGCCCAACUUCAACGACAACCUAUUCUUCAGGACGUAAUUUCGUCACGAACGUCGCCGCACUACCGCAAGGAUAAACAAGAUACUAGGACAACUUGGAAUAAACAAUUAGAAGAUGGUAGCAUGAGCAAUGGUAAUACUGGAGGAGGAGUAGGAGGAGGUUGUAGGAUUCCAUUAUCAAUUUCGUGGCUGAAAAGUCAAACACCGUUGACGCCCACGUCCCGAAUUGAAAGCGGUUCACUCGCAGCGGAUAUGAACGUUCAAGUCGACAGCGCCGGUUCACCUACGCUGAGACUCGUCAGCGUAAAGCCAACUUCAAUACCGGACCUUCGACCAGUGCAUAAUUUUCCAAACAUCCUAGAACCCUUCACAAAUACAAAUGAGCCAAAGAGUAAUUCGCAACAAAAUAGUCCCAGUAGUAAUGAGAGUAAUUCACCAACGGAACUAAAUUCUUGUAAGAGAUUAACGGAUAAACCGCCGUUAAUAAAACGAUUGGCAAUGGGUCUCACUGGUGGCAGAGACUUCAUUGGUUUUAAUGGUGUCGAUGAUAGUUGUCCUUUAGUCAACGAUAAUAGUAGAAAUAAAUCCCAUACAGGGGGCUAUGUUAAUGAGGCGAUUAUUGACUCCGAAGGUUCCAAAUCAUCUUACAAUAAAUUAGCGCCCUCCGAAAGUAUCGACAAUUCAAUAAAUGCCUCCAUCACUGAGAAGAAUUUUUGCACUGAAAAUGAAAGAGUGGUACCAAGUUCUCCAAGUUCGGAGACAGAAACGGAGAUGCGAUUAAAGAAGAAUAAGUCACAAUUGAGUCCAAGUGUUUCCGGUCCAGUAGAUGGACUUUUGCACAAAGUGACCUCAACACCACCUCCACUUCCGGAAAGAACUGAUAGUCUUAAUAAUCGAAGCGAGGAAAGUGAAUUGAGGAAAGCCCCCUGGUUUCAAGCAGGAAUCCCUAGGGAAAUAACACUGGAGGUGUUGAACCAAGAGCCAGAAGGAGCAUUCAUGGUUCGUGAAAGCACGAGUAAACCCGGGUGUUUUGCUCUUUCCCUACGAGUUCCACGGGAAUUUCAACCAAGCGGUAUAGCUCAUUAUCUCAUUUUACGUACGAACAAAGGCUACAAAAUCAAAGGUUUCAAGAAGGAAUUCUCGUCACUGCCAGCCCUCAUAACGCAUCAUUCUGUCAUGCCAGAACUUUUGCCAUGUCCCUUAUCCCUAAGUCGUUACAAUCCAAAUUUAGCGAAUAGUAGCUCGAAUAAAGACUUUGCCGAUAUCGAUUUAGAUCCCGAUUAUAAUUCACUUGCAGAUUUUCGUAAGACAAUGGCCAAUUUAAGCGUUUAAUGUUCCUUGAAAAAAAUAUUUGUUGCCGAAUUUUCAAUAAUCGAAAGUCGAAGGAAAAAAAUUAAGUUUUCCAAAAUUUCAAAAUUUGCAGUGAAAAAUGUUCUAUUUUCUCCAAUUUUUUUUCUUUUUAAAUUCACUCUCUUUCUAAUUUUUCAGAUUAAUUUUCUUUUGUGUUCCGUUCACAAUGGCUACAUUCCUUUUGAGACUUUCUCAAAGACCAUUUUUCGAAUAUAAUCUGCAAAAAAUUAAAUUAAAGAUUAAAUAAUAUUUCAUAAUUUUCAAAU